UUCAACCAUGCUCAUACGUCAAAACGUCUGAGGAUACUUCAUGGUAAAAUUCUGCCCUCUUUCCGACACAUUUGGAAUCGAAAAGAAGAAAAUUAGGUGAAUGUUACAAGCGAUAGCUGCCGACAAAAAGAAAUCCGAACCGAUUUAUCUUGGACUUCUAAUACUUGUACCGUGUAGCUUUAAAACUUUAGAUACCGGCUACGUGCACUUGCUGUACAACCCGUCCGCCAUCCUUUGAUUUGUUCCACUGGCAAAGCAAGAAAUGCGAUUAUGAAUGUUCACAGAACGAUCGUCAUGCAAUUUCUGUGGUCAUCACUCGCACUUUUAUGGAUUCUGCUUCCCGGAUUCAAGGCCUUACCCUUGAAGACAUGCACAGAGGACCAGUACAAGAGGAUAUUGCACAACGGCUCAUUUGUCUGCAUUGAUUGUUUCAUGUGUCCUACAGGACUUGGCCCCUCUGUGGAGUGUGGAAGUACCAUAUCACCUGAUACUAAACUUGAAUGCAAGAAGUGUGAAGUUGGUGUCAGCUUCUCACCAUCUAAUGAUUAUGAACAAUGUCAGUUGUGUAGUGUUUGCUCAGAGGAUCAAGUCUCAAAACCUUGCACACCAGACAGUGAUACUAUAUGCGAAAAGAGGUGUAUGAGCAAAGAUAAGUAUUAUGAGAAAAGCUCUGAUGAUUGCCAAGACUGUUCUUGGUGUUGUGAAGAUGGCAAUGAUGUAAAGAUAGAUGAGUGUUCAAACAAAGGUAUGCCAGCACAGAAAAGUUGUACAGUCCACAGAAAAAAAUUGUGCAAACCACCACCUACAGCAGGAAGAUCCACAACUGCACUCCCAAUGACUCUACCUCUGACAGCUACAACUAUCCAAUGGCAGCCAACUAGUAAGAAAACAUCUGAGUAUAAUGAACACUGGCAUUCAAGAGAACCGACAAAAGGAAAGCCUUCAAAUCAUAGCAAAUUUGAACACAGCAAUAUCAAUAAUUCCUCAUCUUCUAAUAACAGUGCAUCAACUAUUGAAAUGCAAGUGUUAUUAGGAGUUUGUUCUGGUUUGGUCAUUCUCUUUAUAGUAGCAGUUUUGGUUUGUCUAUACAUGAAGUACCACAAACAAUGUGGUAUUUGUACAAAGGUUUCAAAGAAAAGUCAAAGAAAGUUAGAAGUAGUUUAUACUAAGGUGUUGAAAGAAGAAGAAGACAGCACCAUAGCCUCCUACAAAGGUAAGAGGCUUUUUGAGCUCUUCAAAUCCAAUCCUAAGCUGAAAGAAGAAGUCUGUAAUAAACUGGAUCUUAAAAAAUCAUUUGCAAAGGUGGCACGACGCUGAGGUGGAUGAAGAUAUAGUGAGAAAACUGGAAGAACAUUCAGGAAAUGAUCCUACAUGUCAAGUUUUUGAUUCAAUUGAAGCCAAACAUCCAAACUUUACUUUUGGUGAAUUUGAAAACAUUUUAAAGGAAAUUAAAAGAAUGGAUGUACUGAAAUGCUGUGUUGAACAACUUCAGCCUUCCAAACAGAUUCGUGUGACACUGAAUCAGUAAUUAAGGAAUCAAGUUUUUUCCAAAAACAGGGAAAUAGGAAAAAGAACAAAGAAAAACGAACUGAAAAGUGAAAAGAAGAAGCAGGAAGGAAACAAAAAGUAAAAAAAUGAAAAAAACAUGAACAAUAAACCAAAGGAAAACAAAAACAAAGGAAAGCAAAAACAAAAACAAAAACAAAUAAUAAUAAUAAUAAUUUAAUACUUAUAGGGCGCAUUUUCCAUGUCGAAAUUUAUCAAAUGCGCCAUAAGACAAAGACAAAAACAAAGACAAAAGCAAAAACAAAAACAAAAACAAAAACAAAAAC